ACAUUCCUCCCCAAAAUGCUUGGACAGACAGUAUUCUGAAUUUUGUAGAGAGGGAGCUGCAGCUGCAUCGCUGGUUGGGAAAUAUUCCCUUUGAAAUCUGAUACACAGUCCACAACUGCACUUUGGAUUUUGUCACCAACCCAAAAAAACAUCCGAAUCCAAAAACAUAAGGAUCACAAACACUUAAACCUUCUUGUUAGAAUCAGGCUGGAGUGUGCAGCCCGUCCUACAGCUGGGUCUUACCUGGGAAUAUCACAGUAAGUCAUUCAUUAGGUUAAAAAGAUGGACCGGAAGCUGAGGGAGACUAGUCUGUUCCAGCAGACGAUGGCACUGUUCUGGAAGAACUUGCUUCUAAAAUGGAGGAGGAAGUGGCACACCAUUCUGGAAUGGCUACAAAACCUUGCGUUUGUGUUAGUGAUGCUUCUGAUAUCGGUGAUGGGCCUAUCUACUUUUGUGCAGUUGGAAUACAACUCACCGGCUGAGGUCCUUGGCCGCCUGGAUGCAGUUGACAGAAGCAAUAAUUUUAAAGUCGGAUAUGUAUACACAUCCCCUACAUCUAGGGAUAUUAUGGAGAAAGUUGCCAAAAGCAUCAUUAUCCCAGGUAUCAAAGUCCAAGAAUAUUCAGAUGAGGGAAAUCUAUUGGAUGACAUGACAAAUAAAGCAGUGGUUGGAGUCACCUUUGUGGACAAGUUCAGUUACCAUAUCAGAUAUCCAAUCAAUAAUAUUGCAUAUCCAAAUGAUUACUUUGCCUUUAUGGGUUUCUGUGCCCCUGGCUCCCAAGCCUGCUAUCCUACAUAUUACUGGUCAAGGCAGUUCCUUUCUCUGCAAGCAAGUAUUGACUCUGCUAUUAUUGAACUGACCAGCAAUCAUUCUGUUUGGGACAAUAUGGCUUCCGUUGUGACAGUAAGGAUGAAAUCUACUGUAGCUUCAUUCAGGCAAUACUUCCAUAUAGGAACAUUCAUAUUUCUUAUGCCCAUGUGCUACGUCUCCCUGAUGUACCUCUUGUCCCUCUACAUCACAAGAGAGAGGCGUGAAAUGAGGGAAUUGCUGAAAAUGAUGCGUCUGAAAGACUUAGCAUUUUGGUUAUCGUGGGGUCUUUUGUAUUUGUUCUACAUUUUAAUCCUGGCAAACCUGAUGACUUUAGUCACAAAAGCUUUUGUAUUUGUGCAGAGUUCCUAUGGCAUCAUCAUGUUUCUUUUUGUUUUUUAUGGAAUAGCUUUGAUGUCAUUCACCUUCAUGCUGAGCGCCCUGUUUCGGAGCCCCAGAGCAACAGCCAUUGCUGGGUUUUUUAUCACACUCUUCCUUUCUGCUCUGGGUCUCGUACUACUAAGAAAAGAUUUUCCUCAAGCUCUUGCAGUCCUAUUGAGCAUCUUCCCCCAGUUCGCUUUUGCAGUUGGAUUAACAGAGAGUGUUCACAUGGAGAGUGAUCUACAAGGCGUCUAUUUCUCGGAUAUGGCAGGGGAUUCUUCUCACGUGUUAUCUAGCUUUAUUAGUCUUGCUCUGGAUUCUAUUUUUUACAUGGGCCUGACAUUGUAUUUUGAAAAGGUCCUUGCAGAUAAACAUGGCCUUAAAUAUGAGCCGUUCUUCUUCAUGAAGUCUUCUUACUGGUCAAAAAAGAAACUAUCACCCGUGUUGACACAAACUGAGGAUAGUGGUGAAUCUUCCAUGGGCGAGUUCUUUGAAAGGGUCCCUAUCGAUUUACAUGGAAAAGAAGCCAUACGAAUCAAUAAGGUUAUGAAAAAAUACUGUGACCAAGAUAAGAACAUAGAAGCAUUGAGAGGUCUAGAUCUGAAUAUCUAUGAAGGGCAAAUUACAGCCCUGCUCGGUCACAGUGGAGCUGGGAAAACCACCUUACUUAAUAUCCUUAGUGGACUGUGUCCUGCUUCUGACGGAUCAGCCACUGUCUACAGUUAUAAACUCUCUGACAUGCAACAUUUAGAAGAGAUAAAGAAAAGGACAGGAUUUUGCCCACAAUCUGAUGUGAAGUUCAACCCUUUAACUGUGAAGGAAAAUCUAACUGUGUUUGCUAAGAUCAAGGGGAUCCCACGAAAGCAAAUAAAACACAAGGUUCAAAAAGUUCUCUCUGACCUGCAAAUGAAUGACAUUGAAAAUGUUGAAGCUGAUAAUCUGAGUGGUGGACAGCGGAGAAAACUUACCCUUGGAAUUGCACUUUUAGGUGAUCCACAGGUCCUGCUUCUAGAUGAACCAACUGCUGGUUUGGACCCAUGUUCCCGGCACCACAUCUGGACCAUUCUAAAAGAGAAUAAGGCAGAUCGAGUCACACUAUUCAGCACUCAGUUCAUGGAUGAGGCAGACAUCCUUGCUGAUCGAAAGGCUGUGAUAUCCAACGGAAGGUUAAAAUGUGUAGGAUCCUCCUUGUUUCUGAAGAGGAAAUGGGGCAUCGGGUAUCAUUUAAGGAUGCAAGUGUCCCCUACAUGUGACGUGGAACUCAUGACAUCUAUUAUUAAACAGCACGUACCCGAUGCCAAGCUCACAGCUCAAAAUGAGGAGGAGCUAACAUACACCUUGCCCUUUGAAAAUAUGGAUGCAUUUCCAGAUUUAUUUUUACAUUUGGAUGGCCAAGUAGGAAACAGCAUAGUCAACUAUGGCGUCUCCAUGACAACACUGGAUGAUGUAUUUCUAAAACUGGAAGGCGAAGGAGAGAUAGAAAAAGGAGAUUAUGGUGUAUUUAGCCCUGACUCUGGGGCGCCAGAGGAUAAAGACUGCUUUUCAGCUGGCAUGGAGGAUUCACUGUUACUGAUGUCAGAUUCUGGUAGCGCAACCCUUAGCGGACUCUCCCUCUGGAGGCAGCAGGUGUUGGCUAUUGCGAGGGUUCGCUUGCUCAAACUAAAGCAUGACUCUAAAACCUUCAGAUCUAUACUGAUACUAUUGGCACUUUUCAUUAUCCCAAUUAUUAUGACCACCAUAGUGAUAAAAAUUUUUCAUAAAGUCAUCACUUGGGAACUUACCCCAAGUCUCUAUUUUCAACACCCAGAAGAUCGUUUUCACAGAUACUACACGGAUCUGCAGAUUUAUAACAACACUGGUUCAUCUAUUGAAGACUUUCUUGGGGCACUGAAAGAACAGAAUAUCGCAGUGCAAGUGGUAAAUGGGGAAUAUGACAUGGAAACCACAUUUUACCGAGGAGCCAUAGAAGUCUCUCAGGCUACAAAGGGCUACGGUUUCACCAUUGUGGGAAACCCUAAGGCACAAAAUGCAUUACCGGUGCUGGUAAAUAUCAUCAGCAAUGCUCUUUUGAUGAUUUUCAACUCAACAGAACACAUCCGUGUGUGGAACCACCCAGUAACUGAGUAUUUGGUUGAAGAUUUUGAGUCCGUUACAUUCUAUUCAGGUUUUAUGCUAUUGUUAUUUGCAUCUGGCCUUGCCCCUCACUUUGCAAUGAGCAGCAUUGAAGACAGAAGGAUCAAAGCUCGCACUCAAUUGAGGAUUUCUGGUAUCUUUCCGUCUGCAUACUGGUUUGGCCAAGCACUGGUUGAUGUUCCUCUUUACUGGAUUUUGCUGUUCCUUAUGGUCGCCAUACUGUUUUCAUUCAACUCCCAGGUUAUCUUUAGCUUUGUCCCUGCUAUAAUACUGAUUACAGGAGUCAUUGGGUAUGGAGCAGCGGUGGUCCUUUAUGUUUAUGUCAUCUCCUUUGUUUUUGGAAGAGGCAAAAGUCACCAUGACGGCUGGUCAAUAUUCUUUGUUAUAAGUGCUUUUAUUCCAAUGAUUUUGCUGGACGUAGUCAGCACUUACGCGGUAGGCAUUACCUUCUUCUUGCUGUUACCUGCAAGCACACUCAGUGGGAUCAUAAGAUGCAUAGAUGUCUAUCAUUUUGACAGAUCGACAUUAGAAGAUGAACAUCUCCUGUAUCUGUUUUUUCCAUUCCUACAUAUCGUGAUUUUCUCGGUGAUACUUUGGGUCUUGGAACGGGUAUUUGGGAUGAGAAGCCUCAAAACAAAUCUAUUUUACAGAAAAAAGGUCCAGAAAAACCAAGAGGAGUUGGGUGAAGAUACAGAUGAAGAAGUGUUGGCAGAAAGAGAGAGAGUAAAAAUGUCUUCAACCACUAACAAUAUGGAAGAGAAACCGAUCAUUAUUGUAGACAGUCUGCGCAAGGAGUAUAAAGUCAAGAAAGGAAAAUCGUUCUUCAAGAAGAACAAAAAAGCUGCCACUAAAAACAUUUCCUUUUGUGUCAGGAAAGGUGAAGUUCUGGGGCUGCUGGGACCCAACGGAGCUGGGAAAACCACCUCUAUUUAUAUGCUGGCAGGAGAAAUAAGACCAACUGCAGGAGAGGUAUUGCUGUGUGGGACUGACCCAGAUAAAUCUCAAAAUUCUCAAUAUGAUCCUACUGGUUCUCUUGGCUACUGUCCCCAAGACAAUCCUCUGUGGCCCAAUCUGACUGUGAAGCAACAUUUAGAAAUCUAUGCUGCUGUGAAGGGCUUGAAGAAGAAAGACGCAGAAACUGCAAUUAAACGAGUAUCUGAAGCUUUGGAACUUAAAGAGCAUCUGGAAAAAGCAGCUAGGAAAUUGUCUGCCGGCGUGUCCAGAAAGGUGUGCUUUGCUAUAAGCAUGCUGGGUAACCCAAAUAUCGUACUCCUGGAUGAACCUUCCACUGGUUUGGACCCAAAAGGUCAACAGCGCCUUUGGAGAGCAAUACGAUCAGCGUUUAGGAAUAAAGACCGAGGUGCAAUACUGACCACUCACUACAUGGAAGAAGCGGAGGCUGUGUGCGACCGAGUGGCCAUCAUGGUGUCUGGGAAGCUCAGAUGCAUUGGGUCAAUCCAGCAGCUCAAGAGCAAGUUUGGAAAAGGCUAUCUUCUGGAGAUUAAAGUGAAAAAUUCUAACCAAGUGGAUCAGAUUCACAAUGAGAUAAUACAGAUAUUCCCCCAUGCAGCGAGGCAGGACAGAUUCUCAUCUUUGCUGGUGUAUAAGAUCCCAGUGGAAAACGUUCAGUCCUUGUCUAAGGCAUUUCUAGAUUUGGAAGAAGCUAAACGCGCCUAUAACAUUGAGGAAUACAGCUUCUCCCAGCCCACCCUGACGCAGGUGUUCAUUGAGUUGACCAAAGAGCAGGAGAGGGAAGACUUUGAUUCGGCCAGUACAUUUCAAUGGAAACAACUGCGGACUGAGAGUGAAGGAUUGGCCUGAAAUUUCUGCUCAGGUUUCUAUAAGCUGAAAAUGAAGACAAAGCCUUACAAAUGUGCCCAGUGCCCAUAAACAAUGCAACAGGGUAAACAUGUGAGUACAGGGUAAUGCACUGUAGGCCUGACAGCUACAACCCAUAUGGUAUUUUUAUUAUAAAAUAGAUCACAUUUAUAUAUAACAUUUGGGGGUUUAUAAUAUCAACGUGAGGCCUAGUAACCCAUAGCAACCAACCAGAUGUUUGCUUUAAUUACUAAUUCUUCACUGGGCUAACUGUUGAUUGGUUGUUACGUUAUUAGAAGUAUGUCAAAUGUCCAAGUAUGUCUAAUACCCCUGCGUACUCCAACAAACUUGCUUUAUCGUUAGCAACUAUAUCUAGGCUAAUUUUUUUCUACUAGAAGAAGACUAUACCCCUGAAAAAUGCAGGUCUCUCCUAAUGACUGGGCAUCUCCCUUUCAGCUUUUAAUUUAUAUGCCCAUAAUUGAUGUGUAAAAAACAAGUCAUCUUCCUAAAUAAUUUGGGGAUCAGGGUCCAAUUGACAAGUUUUAAGUUUUGCCCAGUAACGUCCAUGUUACAUUGUUAAUAAAAUACAAAUAGACACAAACUAUCUGCUACAGUGCAGCCUUUUCUGGUCUUUUAUCCUAGCAGUAUUAUGUGCAGUUGCACUCUUGUAUUCCCUCCCUGCAAGCUCUAUAAUUAUAUGGAAGUAAAAAAAUACAUGUUCUCUAUAUUGCUUUAGCACUGUUAGUUUCUUUGUAUUAAACAAAGGAGCAGAAUAAAGAAAUGUUUUUUUUUUCAAAAUAAAAGUCUUGUACUUGUAAGUAAAA